UUCACACUUGCUCGGUGUUGUGGACCCACUUACUAGUAGUAGCGGCCUGGAAGAACCCACUUUCCGGGCCUUAGGGCGCCACCAACAGAAGAUAUACUUUUAGAAUGCUGGGCUUGGCUUGCAUAGGCAUAAAUUAUGCAGUGGUUGGUAUACAGCAUUCUGACAGGAAAUCAUUUCUUGAGUCAUUGGGUUGGCUGGACUGCUGAAGAAACAUGAAAAGAUCGUCAGUUCUAGGCAACAAUAAUUAUAUUCAUUUGAAGCAAAACUGGAUCAAGUUGUUUCACGUCGUGACUCAUCUUUCACUCGUCUAUCUAUAUAAAUCCAUGCCAAAUGUCACUUCUGGGCGCUCCCAUGCAGGAUCAAGAUGAGGGUCAUCGCAACCACCGAACAAGUACUGCAGCACCUGCAGUUCGCCGCCUCUGUAAUAACGCUGUUAUUUCUCUUCUCCUCUUUCCUGGUUAACCAUGGACACUCUACAAUUGAAAAGACGUCCCGGCCGCGCAGAUCUGCUGUCAUUGUCGGUUCAAUCGGAUGCAUAGUCGCAUACUAUGUUACUCAAGUCAUCAUUGUUUUCCGAGAACGCCAUGAGCAUGUACAAAUACAGAACCGUCUUAUGCUUCCGAUAAUCCUGUCCUUGGCAUGGGGUUCACUCGUCACACGCAGACAUUCUUGGUUGCCAGAAUUAACCGGCCUCUGUGUCAUUUCACUCGUCUCGGGGGUUCCUGUCUUGGUCCUUGAUACAAUAUAUAGAUCCCGUUACACCAAACGCCAAGCCCUGCUUGUUGCGGAAUCUCUCCCACUGGUUCAUGGGGGUGGCGUGCUGGUAUACUGUGUGAUCGUAUAUUUGCGCUUGCGGAGAGCGAGUGCGAGGCUCCUAGCCAAGGACGAAACGAGGUCCAGCCUCAGCAACUCAGACAGUUCCAUAGCAUCCGAGCGAUACCGUGACCAUUGCAGCAACCUAGACUCGGACUCGGACUCGGAUACAGACAGCUCCGACGACGAAGACGAGGAAGAUCUUGACACUCGAAUCGGGGAGCUUCGCAAGUCAGGUCAUUGGAUAGACUAUCUCUCAACCUUCAAAGUCUUUCUACCGUUCCUCAUCCCGCGAAAAGAUAUCAAAGUUCAGUUGUGCUUUCUGGUCUGUGUGUUAUGCUUAAUCACCGAUCGUGUGUUGAAUGUGGUGGUGCCCACGCAGCUGGGUAGCAUCGCGAACAAGCUUUUCACACAGGAGCUUGCUCUCUCAGACCUCGGGAUAUACUUUGCUUUGAAUAUUCUCCACGGGCAAUCAGGGUUGGAGAUGCUAAUGUCACUGGUUAAGAUUCCCAUCCAGCAGUUCUCUUACCGACAGCUCACCAACGCUGCCUUCAGUCACGUCAUGGAUCUCACGAUGGAAUUCCACUCUGAACGAGACUCUGCUGAGGUCAUGAAGUCUAUUGAGCAGGGCGGCGCGCUUACGAAUGUCUUGGAAACCAGCUUCCUAGAGAUAGCUCCAGCGGUCAUUGACCUAUUUGUUGCGUUUGUCCUUCUUUACCUCAAGUUCAACUCACUGGCGGCAUUGUGCAUGCUUAUUGCAACGCUGACAUUCCUGUCAUUGGAAGUCGCUGCAUCCCGCUGGAACGUCGACAAUCGUCGGCAACUGACUAAGGCUGAGCGAGGCGAGGCGCGUGUGAUGCAUCAAGCUAUUCAGGGAUGGCUAACGGUUUCGUCAUUCAACAUGUUCGCGUAUGAGAAAUGCCGCUUCGCAGAGGCAGUCGAUGAACACCUCACUGCAAAGCGAAAAUGGUCUUGUCGAGAUGUGUACUCGACUGGUUUGAUGGAGGCAUGCUUUCCUGCUUCUUUUGUAGUCCUUGCAUGCGUCGUUGCCCAUGAGGUCAGUCAAGGCCGGGCGUCGCCCGGAGACUUUGUUUUCCUAAUACAGUACUGGGACUAUCUCAUUUGGCCGAUCAAGUACUUGACCAAGGAUUACAGGUGGUUGAUUGCAGACUUGAUCGAUGCUGAACGGCUGCUCGACCUGCUUACCACCAAACCGACGGUGUCUGACAAGUGCGAUGCUUUUGAUCUUGGACCUGUUCAGGGGUAUGUUGAAUUUAAGGAUGUGUGUUUUUCAUACAACAACAAGCAACCGGCUGUCCAUGACAUCAAUAUCUCUGCAGCUCCCGGGGCCAUUGUCGCCUUGGUUGGCACCACCGGAGCCGGAAAGUCUUCGCUGGUGAAGCUAUUACUUCGCCAUUAUGAUGUAACCUCCGGGCGUAUCAAAAUUGAUGGCCAUGAUAUUCGCGAUGUAACAAAAGGUUCUCUCCGGGAUUCUAUCGGUAUUGUACCGCAAAACCCUAUCCUUUUCAACGCCUCGAUUAUGGAUAAUAUUCGAUACGCCAAAUUGGAUGCUUCUGAUGAAGAAGUCUAUCGAGCAUGUCAAGCGGCUGCAAUUCAUGACAAGAUUCACUCUUUCGCAGAGGGCUAUCAAACCAAAGUCGGGGAGCAGGGUGUCAAAUUAUCUGGCGGCGAGGUCCAGCGCUUAGCGAUUGCACGAGCUAUUCUGAAGAACCCACCCAUUCUCAUAUUAGACGAGGCAACCAGUGCUGUAGACACUGAAACAGAGGCCAAAAUCCAAGAAGCCCUGAAAUAUCUCAUCAAGGACAGAACAACUUUCGUUAUCGCACACCGGCUUUCAACUGUAGUCAAUGCAGAUCGCAUCUUUGUGCUGGAUAAUGGUAGCAUUGCUGAAAGUGGGACCCACCGGGAAUUACUUGAAAAGCAAGGGCGAUACUACAACCUCUGGCAUACACAACUGCAUGAAAAUGAGGAUCCUAUGAUGAUAGAUCAAGAGGCUACAGACUGAACCAACCGUACUAGGGUGGUGCCUCUUAAAACUACUAAGAUUGCCUGAACUAGCCAUAUCUAUCAUGUUAGAGGAUAGCACACCAUGGAUACUACCCAGGCCAGUUCCCUCUUAUCAGGAGGAUGCUCAUCCUCUGGACAACUUACCGAAUCCGCCGCAUGUCUACAUGAAAUCGGCCGAUGCUGCUAUUCUUGGGGAGUCGAUGCUCCCUAUCUUUGGGUGUACUGGCUACACUAUCCCUAUUGGAGAGGUACCUUAUAGGUCGGCAGCUACGCUUGAAGACAGAGAUGAUGCCGGUGACAAUUAACUUGGUCGUGAUGUGGCUCUGUGC